AUGGCGUGCUCGAUUGCAGGAACCAGUGGGAUGCUCGAGGCGUUCCACAUGCAGGAAUGCCCCGAAUUGCUGGCUGCAAUCACACACACAAGGCCAAGUGUGCACGGAGCCGAAUUCGGCCACCUGCCCGACAACAUUACAGUGCUGGAAGGAGAGAGCGUCAUUCUGAGGUGUAAAAUCGACGAGGACGUGACCCACAAGGCGUGGUUGAACCGCUCAAACAUCCUGUUUGCGGGGACAGACAAGUGGUCGCUGGACAGACGGGUGUCGCUGGUCAACAGUAACACUAGUGACUUCUCCAUCCAGAUAGAGAAAGUGGAGGUGGCUGACGAGGGGCUGUACACCUGCAGCUUCCAGGCCAGCAACAAGCCCCGCAUAGCCCACGUCUUCCUCAUCGUCCAAGUGCCAGCCAGAAUCGUCAACAUCUCCCAAGACGUGUCAGUGAACGAGGGGGGCAACGUAUACCUCUUCUGUCUGGCGGUGGGACGACCUGAACCCACUGUCACCUGGAAGGAGAACAAAUAUGGUCUAAUGAGUGAGGGGGAGUUCCUGGACAUAACAGAGAUCAAGCGGCAUCAGGCGGAGGAGUUUGAGUGCAUCACCAACAACGGAGUGACGCAGCCCGACAUACGCAAGGUCAAGGUCACCGUCAACUACCCUCCCAUGAUCACAGACGUGAAGAACAUGCCAGCCCAGCUUGGCAAGACGGCCAUUUUGCGCUGUGAGGCCAUGGCAGUACCUACGGCCUCCUUUGAGUGGUACAGAGACGACCGCAGGCCGGUAGAGAGCGAUAACACUCUGAGGAUCAAGAACGAGAAGACGCGUUCACUGCUUCUCUUUACCAACGUGACGGACAAACACUUUGGCAACUACACCUGUUUUGCCUCCAACAGGCUGGGAGCCUCCAACGCCAGCAUGCUGCUCUUCCGGCCGGGAGCCGUGUACGGGCGAGGCGUGGCCCUCAACGUGGGGGUGAGUGCGGGCAUCGGCUUCUGGCUCUGCCUCUCUGUCUCUCUCCUGAUGAAGGUCUAAGAGCUUUUCCCGGAAGUCCCAUCCCGCCUGUGGAAGGAAGAAGGAAUUUCUUUAAUUACGAACCCAUCACUGUGAAACAAAAAUAAUAUGCAUUAUCCCAGGAGCCAUUGACACAUUGCAUCACAUACCCACACCAACUCCCCCCUCUUCCUCACCCCACAACCUCUCCCCUCGCUACCUAUAUCGCUACCAUCACCGUACCACUCUCUCUCUUCAUCCUGUUUCCAAUGAGGGUCACCAUGGUGAUGUCUAUAAUGUGUUUAUUAAGGAUGAUAAUUGUGAUGAUGAUAAUAUUUAGAAAACAGAUAUUUAACACCAGGAUGAUACUAUUAUAAAUCUAAAUGAUGACUGAUCUACACUA